AUGAGUAUGCCCAACGGCGCGGCGCCGCCGCAUGCAGGCGCGGGGGCGCACGACGCGUCGGCUCAGGACGGUGCUGUUGAAUCGCCCCCGGACGACGGUUUCAGCGAGGAGCAGCGCAAGCGGCAUUUGCGCAACGGAGACAUCGAGGACGGCAUCGUUGAGCGCGAUCCGACGGGCAGAUGGGCCAGGACGAACAACGAGGUCGGCCACGGCAAGUUCAAGUGCGUCUGGAAGGCGUUCGACGAGCACAAGGGCCUCGACGUGGCGUGGAACAAGAUCGACUACCAGCAGGUGGAGCUCACGCCUGAGCAGACGGACAACGUCAUGGAGGAGGUGGGGCUGGGCAAGGGGUUGUCGCACAAGAACAUCAUCAAGAUGUACCGGUGCUGGGUGUCGGACUACGACCACUCGGUCAACUUCGUCACCGAGCUGUUCACGUCGGGCAACCUGCGGAACUUCCACAAGAAGCACCCGGACCUGGGCGAGCGCACGGUGAAGCGUUUCUCGCGGCAGAUCCUCGAGGGGCUGGCGUACCUGCACUCCCAGGAGCCCCCCGUGGUGCACGGGGACCUGCGGUGCGACAAGGUGUACGUCAACGGGCACCGCGGGGAGAUCAAGAUCGGCGACCUCGGCCUCGCGACGCUCCUCCCGAAGCGCUACGACCCGAGCAAGCGCCUGCCCGAGGGCCUGAAGCAGCCGGGCAUGGGCCCGCACGACUCGCGCGUGGACAUCUUCGCGUUCGGGCUCCUCGUGCUGGAGCUGGUCGCGAACGAGGAGCUCAGCCCGCAGGAGUGCGAGGGCUGGGAGCGGCUCCUCGAGCGCACCGACGACCCGGACGCGCGGGCGGUGAUCCGCGCGUGCAUGGCGCCGCUGGAGGAGCGGCCGUACGCGUCGGAGCUGCUCAAGUUCGAGUGGUUCCGGUCGGACGGGAAGAAGGCCCUCGACAAGGUCCGCGCGCUCGACGGCGGGCAGAGCACGGCCAGCCUGCGCGGCGUGGAGUCGUCCAGCGCCAUUGCGGGCUCGGACAGCCACGACCACCUGUCGCGGAUGGGGGACCACGGCGAAGGGAUCGAGCGCAGCCGGACGGGCAUGUCGUCGGCGCUGCACGGCUCGGUCGCGGAGACGGCGGGCGCGCGCGCCACGAGCACGGAGGGCGCGGAGCCGGACGCGGGCGAUGGGCGCGACGGGGAGCGGGGGCGCGACGACGGCGGCGGGGCGCGCGAGGAGCACCCGCCCCCGCUGCGCGGCGCGACGCAGCCGGCGCCCCCCGAGCGGGAGCGGGAGCCGACGGCGAUCGACUUUGAGCAGGGCUACGUGCGGGGGAUCGACUUCACGUUCCGGUUCUACGGGCGGCAGCGGCAGGAGCCCGAGACGGGGCCGGACGGCGAGGAGGAGUCGGCGGGGGUGUUCGACAUGAUUGCGCGCAUCCAGAAGCUCCCGGUGCGCGGGGACCCCCCCGGGUCCCCCCCAGGGCCUGUGCGGAUGGAGUUCGACUUCGACCCGGUGACGGACACCGCGGAGGGCGUGACGAAGGAGCUGUCGGAGCAGAUCGGCGACAUCAUGGGGAACUCGGGGAUGAAGCGGAUGGCAGCGCCGGACAUCGAGAUCUGCAAGGCGGCGUUGUCGGAGGUGUUGAAGGAGCUGCACAACGGGCGCGACGUGUGGCCGGGGGAGGCGGUCGCCGCCGCGCUCGAGGGGCGCGAGGCCGCCGCCGCGGCAGCGAUGGCGGCGCGGAUGGCGGCGGAGUCCCCCACGCCCGCCAGCGAGACCGCGGUGACGGCCGCGCACCAGGCGCCCUCCAUGCCGCCCCACGAGACGCGCGCGUCCGCGUUCGAGCCGCGAGACAUGGCGCGCGCGGAGCACCGGCGAACCACGACCACAGGGUCGGACCCCUUCGGCGAGGACCCUUUCAUGGCCAGCCAGUGA